AUGGAGCAGUAUUUUACCGCUGCAAGGGUGCCGGACGGUGAAAAGUUGAACAUUACCACAAUGUACUUGUCAGGUGAUGCGAAACUUUGGUGGAGGACUCGUAAUGCAGAUGACGUAAGUGCUGGUCGUCCUAGAAUUGAUACAUGGGAUAAGCUAAUCAAAGAAAUGCGUGAUCAAUUUCUUCCUAGCAAUGCAUCUUGGCUUGCAAGGGAUAAAUUGAAAAGGUUAAGGCAGACGGGUUCAGUGAGGGAAUAUGUAAAAGAAUUUACCUCUGUGAUGUUAGACAUACAAAAUAUGUCUGAUGAGGACAAACUUCACAAUUUCAUUUCGGGCAUGCAAGGCUGGGCUCAGAACGAACUACAAAGGCAUAAUGUUAAAGAUCUGCCCGGGGCUAUUGCUGCUGCCGAUUCGUUAGUAGAUUUCCGGGCGACUCGUCUUUCGACAGACGUCCCCUCCAAUUCAAAAACUAAGAAAAAGAAUGAGAAGAAAGGGGAAUGGAGAAAGGAAAGUCGUAAAGACAAUACAAAUGAUAAAGGAAAGGCACAAAUGAAGGAUGGGAAAGACAGGCCAAAGAAUAAAGAUGGAAAUUCGAAGGGCUGUUGGACUUGUGGUGGUCCUCAUUUGGACAAAUCUUGUCCAAACCGGGAAAAAGUGAAUACUUUGCUUGCUGGUAAUGUGAAUCAAAGGGAGGAGGAUGAAGAAAUCGUGGCUGCAUUGGCAAACCCAUUAGGAUUGUCCUUCAAUCACAUUAUGGGGAUCAAUAAUGUUGGAGAGAUCUCUAGCACUUCGAAUCCUCAUGCUUCCUUAAUUCAUAUAGAAAUGAAAGUGAAGGAACAAUGUGUGAUGGCAAUGGUUGAUACAGGGGCCAAACACACGUUUGUAGAUGUGAAGAUUGCUACAAAAUUGGGGCUGAAGUUGUCUAAAAGCCCUUCCUACGUCAAGACAGUCAAUGCUAAGGCACAAGCCAUUGUGGGCAUGGCUUAUGGUGUGUCUAUGUCAACUGGAAGUAGGGUGGGAAAACAUAAUUUGAUGGUGAUGCCGCUUGGUGACUUUGAAAUCAUACUUGGGAUUGAUUUCCUAAGAAAAUUCCAGUUUGUUCCAUUUCCUCAUUUAGAUGGAGUGAUGGUCAUGAAUGGAAGCAAUGCUGGUUUUCUCAAAGGUGUUCAUCCGUUUGGGAACAUCAAUAAAGUUACAAAGAAGAAAGACAAGGAAAUGUUGUUGUCUGCUAUGUCAAUCGACAAAGGGCUAAAGAAAGGCGAAGACAUUAUACUUUCUGCCUUGGUCGAAGUGAAACCUGACGUGAAGAUGGAAGUGCCUGAUUGUGUUGCUGAAUUACUUAAACAGUAUGAUGAUGCUCCUUAUCGUAUGGCUCCUAAAGAAUUGGUUGAACUACGCAAACAAUUGAAUGAAUUGCUAGAUGCUGGAUUGAUUCAGCCGUCUAAGGCUCCAUAUAGUGCUCCUGUUCUAUUUCAAAAGAAACAGGAUGGAACAAUGAGAAUGUGUGUAGACUACCGGGGCGCUGAAUAA